AUGUUUGCUUUGAGUUUUCGUUACAACAACCUGAAAUUUUUGUCGCGAGCUUUUCGAUUAACCUUUCCUUUCCAGUUCCACGGCGACCCGCGAGCAACAUUCGCCCAGUUCUUCGGGUCUUCGGAUCCCUUUGGUGUGUUCUUUGGCGGCGGCGACAACAUGUUCGGAGCAGGAGGUGGAGGUGGCGGUGCCACCAAUGAGAUCUUUAUGAAUAUUGGAGGCGACGAUAUGUUUGGCGGAGGUUUUGGUGGCAAUCCUAUGGCAGGAGCUUUCCGAUCACAGUCGUUCAAUGCGCAGGCCCCUAGCCGUAAGCGCCAGCAAACACAGGAUCCGCCUAUCGAGCAUGACCUGUAUGUCACUCUGGAGGAGGUAGACAGGGGCUGUACCAAGAAAAUGAAGAUAUCGCGCAUGGCCUCUACCAACACUGGAUCCCAAAAGGAAGAAAAAGUUUUAAGCAUCACAGUAAAACCAGGCUGGAAGGCCGGCACAAAGAUCACAUUCCCCAAGGAAGGCGAUCAGGCACCGGGAAAGAUUCCCGCAGACAUAAUCUUCAUAAUCCGCGACAAGCCACACCCACAGUUUAAGCGCGAGGGCAGCGAUUUGCGCUAUACGGCUCAGGUCAGCCUAAAACAGGCACUCUGCGGUGCACCUGUCAAUGUGCCCACUCUGCAGGGCGAUAGGAUUUCUGUAAACACCUCGAACGAGAUAAUCAAGCCCACCACAACGCGGCGCAUCAGCGGGCGCGGCCUGCCCUUCCCCAAAGAACCAUCGCGUCGCGGCGAUCUGAUCGUAGCCUUUGACAUCAAGUUCCCAGACACACUGCCGCCCAGCCUGCGGAAUCAACUGGCGGAGUUGCUGCCCAACUAAUCAUCCAUAUGUUAGCCUCGUAGUUAAGGCCUAAGUUUAGUUACUUUACGUACUUUAAGAAACUUAACCAUUAUCCAGAACCGAUGGAGCACGGAGACAGUGUGCCAAGAGAUCGAACUGCUGUAGAUACAGAUGUAGAGAAUACAGACGCUAGAUAAGAUAGGGAAGAGAACACACAAGCAACAGACGGCGCCCCGUUCUGUUGGAGACUGAUCGACUAUUUACUAUUACACCUAGUACCCCGAUUCCAGAUUUACCUUACCGCCCGAUUAUGCAAUCGGUAUUUUAAAUCUCCUGAUAUUUAUAUAUCACUAAGCUGCAAAUAAAAAUGUAUUAUAAGUUGAAUGAAGCUCACGGCUUUUGUAGAGAUCGCAUCUCUGGCAUUCCAAUUAAAUUUUUCCCCCACCCCACACAAAAUACUGCUAUGUCGAUAGUCUUUAUCAGCAAACUAAAUAGUGUACGUUUUAGUACCAAUUUGAUUCGGUCUAACAAUAAAGUUAUUAAUACGAAA